UGCAGUGCUGUCGGCCAUCACGGCCAUCACUCGCUUUCCGUUCGCCUUGCCGUUUGCACGCCAUCCAAACUCUCUCUCUCUCCCGCUUGUCACACGACGACCGACCGACCAACGACCUUUUCACCUAUUGCGUUUCUCGACGUUGUUUGGUGUGUGUUUCCUUCGUGACCGUACCCUGAACGAGACAACAAUUUAACACUCUUUGUGUUUGUGUUUGUGAGUGUGUGUGUGAGUGUUUGUUUGAGUUUGAAUAUGUGCACUUUGAACGCGAUUGACGUUUAGCACUUACCAAAUUUCCACCAUCGGCGAUGGAUUGAACGUUGCACUUUCUCCUGAUUGGAUUGGCCGUUUUGAUUUUGAAACGAUUAUUAAGUUAUUUUUUUGUGGUUCAAAACCAAUUGGGUCUGAGUGUAUGAAACUCUUGUGAAAUUGUGAACUGGAUGUCACACGUGCAACGGACUUGAUUUCAGGAAGAAAAAUUCGACAAUCAACUUCGAGUCAGUGUGUGCUGACUCAAUUGCAAUUUGUUUUCUAAUUACACACUGUCGUCGCUCAUCAUGAAGGCUUCACUGUCAAUCAUCAACCGGCUCCUUUGGCUCCUGCUCCUCUUCGGCUCAUUCCCAGGUCAAUUAACAACGUCAGUUUCAGGAGCUUCGGUAGUUUCGGAUUUAUGGAGUCCUAAAGGGGACUCGUCUGGCCAGCAUCAGCACUCGGUGUCGCUCUCUCACGACGGCAAGGCGCUGGGCGCCAGCGUCGGCAACAACAUGCCGUCGUUCGACGUGUCGUUGCCACUCAACGUGACCACUCAGUACGGAGCUCACGCCCAUCUUGUCUGCCGAGUCCAGGAUGUUGCCAACAAAUCGGUCUCGUGGGUUCGCAAGAGAGACGGCCAUUUGCUGACGGUCGAUACGGACACGUUUAUAGGCGACGGCCGAUUCCAAGUGCACCACCCGGCCAAUUCUGACAUUUGGACGCUGCACUUGAGGGCCGUUCGCGGCUCCGACGCCGGCAAAUACGAAUGCCAAGUUUCCAGCGAGCCCAAGCUCAGUCUCGUCUAUCAAUUAAACAUCGUCGUUCCGCAGGUGGAGAUCAGAGGAGCUCCGGACAUUUACGUCAUGGCCGGUAGCGGUGUGGCGCUGCAUUGCGUCAUUUCGGGGCUGAUUGAGACGCCGCCCUACAUUUUCUGGUACCACAAGACGGAGCGGAUCGCCGGAUCGGCACUCGAAGAGUCCCGCAUGUUCGAAGGAUCUAAAGAAGCCGCAGCGCUGGCCUCAUCGGCAGGCGCUACGAAAUACGGAUGGAGCGCCCGCGUGACCCGCCUGGGACCCGACUCACUUCUGGCAGUCUUGAACGUUCCGCCGGCCACGCCCGACUUUGCCGGCAACUAUUCGUGUGGACCACCUAGCCUCCAACCGGCCAGCGUCACUCUCCACGUUCUAAAUGGGGAGCAGCCGGCGGCCAUGCAACACGGGAAAAACGGCGGCAGGGGCGUUGUCGUCCAAUCGGCUUGGACCUGGUGGACGACGGCUUUCGUGACUCUGCUCUUGAUGGCCGCCACCAAAUGGAUGUCGGGCUGCUCGGCGAUGGCCAGCGAGAACUGCUUGCCGCUGGACGACGAAGCCUGGACGCCCUCCUCCUGCUCGGCGCUGGCAGUCGAUGGUAAUUUGACACCAAACUGUUCGACCGAUUGGGCCGUUUCACCAAUCUCCAGAGGUGGAGAGCCGGGCCAGGCUACUAAGCCGCUCGACUCUUUCUCGGCGGCGGCGGCGGCGGCGGCCGGACAAGACGUGCCGUCACGAUGUCCGAUGAUGAUGAUGAUGACGACCCACUCGGCACGCAGUUCGUGAUUGCCGAAAUUUUUUUGCGAGUUUUUUCUUUCUUUUCUUUCCUUUCCUUUUUCGGCUGUGUGGGAAUAAACGAAAGGGACGCGUGCGGGUCUGUAAAUAUAUGAGCAACGUUGGCUGGCAAAACCGAUAGCGAGGCGCAAGAGAGAAGUGAAACGAGACCUGGUGGUACAACGUUGAACGUUAUUGGCUAUCUAGAUAAUCUAGACACAUUUUUUGAAUUUUUUUUUUUAAACUUCAUUGUAUAAUUAACUUUAUGGCGAUGAAAAAAAAAAUCCCAUCCAUCUCCGCGCUAAUACCCCCUUCCCCUCUAUUUCACCACCCUGUUCUCAAUUACAUAAUACCAUUGAAGGCAAAAGAAUAAUAAAAAAUGAUGACGAAAGAAAAAAGAAAUAAAAUUAAAAAAAAAAAAUGACACAAAAAGGUUUAUUACAACAAGACAUUCUGGUGAUUAUUCUGAUGAGUUUGUACAUUUCCUAUAAUAAAAUGUUUGGCCAUUGUCACAUAUAUACGCGCCACCGGCACCCUUAUUUCGAAAAAAAAACAAAAAAAUUAUUUGUCACCCACUUCCUAUUUGUUGUGUAUCAUCCAAUUGCAUACACCGACUUGUGUCAUGUUUUGUUAUAUGAUUAUGUUUGUACUAACCAGACCGGGAUUUCCGAAUGAUGACAAGUAUACAUAUUUAAUCAUU